AUGAAUUAUUUUAUACUUGUGUUGGCAUCAAUUUUUGCUUUGAUUUUUGUAUAUAGUCUAGCAAAAUUAUCCAGCAAAAAACUUCCACCAGGGCCAUCACCAUGGCCAAUUAUUGGAAAUAUUCACUUGUUAGGUGCAAAUCCCCAUACAUCACUAGCCAAUCUUGCAAAAAUUUAUGGUCCAAUUAUGAGUUUAAAAAUAGGACAAAUAACAACAAUAGUAAUUUCUUCAUCAUCCAUGGCAAAACAAGUCCUCAAAAAUCAUGACUUAGCCUUUUCCACUAGAUUUAUCCCUGAUGCCCUUCAAGCACAUAAUUAUAGCAAAUUCUCUGCUGUAUGGCUUCCUGUUUGUCCUCAAUGGCGAACACUUAGGAAAAUCAUGAACACCAAACUCCUCUCUACUAAUAGGCUUGAUGCAAAUCAACAUCUAAGAUCUCAAAAGGAGAAAGAAUUGAUUGAUUAUUGUGAAAAAUGUAGCCAACAAGGUGAAGCUGUGGAUGUAGGUCAACUUGUUUUCAAGACUAAUCUCAAUUUAGUGUCAAAUACCCUUUUCUCCAAGGAUUUGGUUGAUCUUUAUUCGGAUGCAAAGGUUGAGUUGAAGGACGCGAUCUUGAGCAUCAUUGAUGUUGCUGGGAUGAUCAACCUAGUGGAUUUUUUCCCUAUACUUGAAAAUGUUGAUCCUCAAAGAAUAAGGUAUCGCACAAACAUUCAUUUUGGUAAGUUGUAUAAACUCUUUGGUGAUAUGAUCAAUGAGCGGUUGGAAGAAAAGAAAACGAACCAGAGUGAAAAGAGUGAUAUUUUACAAGUUCUUCUCAACCACAGUGCAGAAAAUCCCCAAGAGAUGGAUAGAAAUUUUAUGAAUUCGAUGCUCCUGGACUUAUUUAUUGGUAGUAUUGAUACAAUUACAAACACGGUAGAAUGGGCAAUGGCAGAAAUACUUAGACAACCAGAGAUUAUGAAGAAAGUCCAAGCUGAGCUUGCACAAGUCGUUGGAAAAGGAAAACCAAUAGAAGAAGCUGAUGUAUCCAGACUCCCUUAUUUGCAAUUUAUCAUCAAAGAAACAUUAAGACUUCACCCACCAGCUCCAUUCUUAAUCCCCCGCAGGGUGGACCAAGAUGUUGAAUUGUGUGAUUAUAUCAUUCCAAAGGGUUCAAUAGUACUAGUCAAUGCGUGGGCUAUUGGCCGUGAUUCUUCUUUUUGGGAAGACACUUUAGUGUUUAAACCUGAGAGAUUCCAGAGUUUAGAAUUGAAUAUGCGUGGUAAAGAUUUUGAAUUGAUUCCAUUUGGUGCUGGCCGAAGAACAUGCCCUGGAUUUCCAUUGGCAUUGAGAUUGAUGCCAGUAAUAUUGGGCUCGAUGUUGAAUUCAUUCAAUUGGAAACUUGAGGCAUGCAUUGAGCCAAAAGACUUAGACAUGGAGGAGAAAUUUGGUGCCAUCAUAGCCAAAGCUCAUCCUUUGCGAGCUAUCCCAUCUCCUCUUUGAAAUUCCGCUCAGUUCAUAAUAAAUACUUAUCUAAUAUCGGUUUUCUUAUUAUGUCCACAAUCACCAACUACCACUCUAUUUACCAUCAUUACUUUAUCCACAAUCACCACCCACUACCAUCAGACGUAACCUUUUGCCAUAUAUUGAAAUCAUAACUCAAAGGUGUUUGCGACUUGUUCAUACCUUAUUUGAAAUAAAAUGGUUUCAUGUUCUUGAUUGAUU